AGGUUGCUAUUUUGCUUCUUACUGAGAUCACUCCAAAAAGUAUAGCUGUUCACAAUCCCACAGAGGUGGCUAGAUUUGUGUGAACCUUAUGUUAGUGAAGAUGAAUUAAAGCUGAUGCUACGUGGGGCAAAGUUGAGUGGAGCAAUAGAGGAGGAAGAGCAGGAUAUGAUUGAAACUGCAUUAGAGAUAAAGGAUACUCAUGUUAGAGAGGCCAUCAUCACACCCCUUGUUAACGUGGUUGCAACUGAUGCAAGUGCAACUCUCGUUGAUUUUCACCAUCUGUGGGUGACUCACCAAUAUUCAAGGUAGGGAAUUGGUAAUUCAUCUCUAAGGCUUUACCUCCUUCAAGAAACUUGUUAAAAGAUUUCUAUUUACAUGGUACCGGUUUUUGAGCAGCGUGUUGACAAUAUAGUUGGCAUUGCAUAUGCAAUGGAUCUACUUGAUUUUGUUCGGAAGGUCAGGCAAUUUCUUCCUUUGACACACCCUUUUUUCCAUCAUU